ACCAGCAGAACCAGGAAGCGCCUGGAGAGAAUUAUUACACGUUAAUAUUUACUCAUCGCACGUAGGCGAUCGUUACUUCACAUCUGGAGCGUAAGUAAAUCGGGCGCCUCGGUUUGCCUCGCGGUGUGAAGAUCAGUCACGGUCAUGUUUGCAGCAGACGACGAGGACGGAGACUUUCUCUCUCCCUCCGGAGGAGCAAAGUUAGCCUCUCUGUUUGGACUGGAUCAGGCAGCAAGCCAGGGGAACGAGUCUUUCCAGUACACGGCUCCCAAACAGCCCCGCAAGAACCCUGCCAGCGCAGGACCCUCAGCCCAAAAGGGUGCACCUCCUCCAAACUCUCCUGCCGUUCUCUUUGCUACUGCAGUACAUUCAUACAGAUAUGUUAACGGACAGUAUCUGAAACAAGGCAAGCUCGGAGCUGCGGUCCUUGGGAACCAUUCGGCUAAAGAGUAUAAGAUCCUGCUGUAUAUGAGUCAACAGAAGCAGGUGACGGCCGCCAGGAUCCACAGCAGCUUCGUUCUCACCGUCCAGCCCAGUAACUACUGCACGUUUUAUGACGACCAGAGACAGAACUGGUCGCUGAUGUUUGAAUCUGAGAAAGCAGCCGCAGACUUUUGUAAAGAGGUUUGUCUCGCCAAAGUAAACUGCAGCAGCUUGCUAGACUCGGUCCUGAUCCAGGAUCUUGUUCUUGGUGAGGGUCAGUCUGUGGAGAACGGAGACUCUUUAGAAGUGGCCUACUCUGGAUGGCUACUGCAAAACCACACCAUUGGACAGAUAUUUGACUCCAAUCUAAAUAAAGACAAACUGCUGAGACUGAAGCUCGGGGCUGGUAAAGUCAUCAAGGGCUGGGAGGAGGGGAUGUUGAACAUGCGUAAAGGCGGGAAACGGCUCAUGGUGAUUCCCCCCAGUCUCGCCUACGGGUCUCAGGGCGUUGCCAACCGCGUCCCACCGGACAGCACACUAGUGUUUGAAGCUGAGAUUCGUCGGGUUAAGUUUGCAAAGGACGUGAGUUGCAGAGAUUCGGCGGCUCCGUCUCCCGCUCCCAGCGUGGAGAGUCUGACCCCCUCGGAGCCCAGCCAGCCCCUCAGCACUGCCCCACAGUCCAGCAAACCCAGCGAGCCGCCUCUUCGAGCAAAAUCUAACUCCCUCAGUGAACAGCUCAAUAAUCCUGAUGCCACUAAAGCUAAACUGAUUUCACGCAUGGCCAAAAUGGGCCAGCCCAUGCUGCCCUUCAUCACCGGCCCGGCCUCAUCCCCCUCACAGCCAGACUCCAGUGACUCCGAACUUGAGGACCCGAGUGUGUCCAGACUCAAGGAGCGUAGCAGUGCACCUUCACCACAGCCUGUGCACAUCUCCUCCGGCCCGCCACCUUCAGCGCACGCUUCAGCCCUUCUGCCAGUUACAAUGGCGACAGCCAAUCCACAGCCCAUGAUGCCGGGAGCAGUGCACGCCUUUCAGCCCGUAAGCCAGAUGUACCCCACACAGACUGUGCCUUACCAAGGAACUAGUGACGUCACUUCCUUCCUGAUGACAGAGGCUCGGCAACACAACACUGAAAUCCGAUUGGCUGUCGGUAAAGUGGCAGAUAAACUGGACGGCUUGUCUUCGAAGAUUGAUGACCUACAAAGGCAAGGCAGCGUUUCGAUGGGCUUGUCCAACGUAUCCAUGGAAACGGCAAUGAUCAUGCACAACAUUCAGAGGAUCAUACAGGAGAAUGAAUGUCUGAAGAAGGAGGUUUUUGAGAAGAGUUCCCGCAUCGAGGAGCAGAACCGCAAGAUCGGAGAGCUCAUCAAUCAGAACCAGAGGUAUGUGGAGCAGAGUAAUCUGCUGAUGGAGCAGAGAAAUGACUCUCUGAAGAACAGCAGUGAACAGAAUCAGGCCAGAAUACUGCAGGCAGAGCAAGACAAGCAUGCACUGCCACAGGAAUUGAGUUGGGAUCAGGCACGCUUGACGGAGGAGUUGGCCUCGUCCACGGCCCGUGUGUCGGAGCUGCAGCUGGAGUUGAGCUCUCAGCAGCAGAAGGCCGCGGCGCUGCAGACCAAACUCAGCUCGGCUCUGCAGGACGCUCAGCAGCGCAGCACACACGUCACUACACUGGAGGCGCAGACACUGGAGCUGAAGGAGACGGCCGACAGAGCGCAGGGUCAAUACAAGGUAGAAAAACAGAAGCGAAAGGAACUGGAACACAAACUCAACAACACGGAGGAAGAGCUACAGGACAUUAAAACAGAGAAAGACAGCCUGGAGCGGACUCUGUCGGAGAGAAAGAGGAAGUGGCAGCUGGAGAGACAGCGCUGUGAUGAGGAACUGGAGGAAGUGAGGAGGGCAGGCCAGCAGGAGUUAGACAACCUCAGGAGCCAGUUACGGAAAGCCAGAACGAGCACUGACCAGGCCGCUGCCGAACAGCUGUCUCAGCUGCAGGCUGAUCUGGAGCAGGAGUGGCGGCUGAAGUGCGAUCAGGCUUUGGCUGCGGCCCGUGAACAGCAGAGAAGAGACACGAUUGAACUCACAGAGCACAGAGACGCACUGCAGAGCAAACUCACACAGCUCCAGGACAAGUUUAAUACACUCAAACAGUGUCGUGAAUCAGAGGAACAGAGUUUACUUCAGCAGCAGGACCAGACAGAAGAGCUACAGGCCUUGAGAGAAAAGUGCUCUGCGCUGGAGCGGAGAGCGGCGUUGCUGGAGCAGCAGGGAGAGACGCAGGUUUCUGAGCUGGAGAGGAGACUGACGGAGCAGCAGCAGCAGACGGACACGGCAGAAGAGGUGAAGCGCGUGAUGAAUGGAGUGUUUCAGUCUCUCCGAGGGGAGUUCGAUCUGAACGAGACCUACACAGGAAGUGCUGUACUCCGAGUGCUGGUCAGCACUAUCAAGAAUGUCACGCUGCAGCUGCUGACCAAAAAGGAGAGAUCUUCAUCUGAACACAGUGAAAAAGAAGAGGAAGAGGAGGAGAACGAGGAGGAGAGACGGGAGGUGCAUAUAAACGGGCAGAGAGAGAGAGAUUCUGCAGGCCAGGAUGAAGGGGCGCCGCAGCAAGUGGAGAGGAAAGAUGUCUCGACGGCAGAGGAGAAGAAAGAAGAAACAGAGGAACUCGAAAGAGAAGAAGACAGGAGUGAACAGGAAGUUGCAGAAGAAAAGAGCGACGAGAAAGUUGUAGAAGAGAAGGAAGUGGAAGUUACAGAACCUAGCGUGCAAGAGAUCAGUGAGUGCGGAGCAGAAACUAAACAUGAAGAAGAGACUGAAAGCGACUUCACGUCCAAACAGGAAGUGACCGCAGAGCCGCCUGAGGACGUUAGUCCCACACGGGAAGUGAAGGUAAUGGACGACGGUGUUUCAGGGCCUUUAGAUGAAGCAGAGAGCACGCACAUGACAAUAGGUGGACCUCCCAGGAACCCACCACCACCUCCUCCAGCUCUCCAGGACGAGUCCGGCGAUACGUCUGCUCCGCUCUCCAGUCCGUCUGAGAGGGUAGAAGAGGAAAAUGGAGAGGAACCAUUUUUCCAGAGUCCCACCCCUUCCCAGCCCCCAUCCGCACCAGCACACACACCUGCAGCGGCCGAUGAAGAGGAGGAGGAGCUGAGCCUGAAAGGACGCCCCCCUCCCGCCCCUCUGUUUGGUGAUGACAGCGAUGAUGAUGAUGAUGACCUGGACUGGCUGGGCUGAUGUGAACUUCCUCAAUCCAGUGUUUCAAAAAAAAAAAAAAACCAGUGCCUGACGUCAGACGACCGCCGGCAACAACGCCAGACAAUCUCUGACAGGAGGAAAUGAUGUUAGUGUGCCGGGCCGCGGCGUACACGGGCUUUAAUUAAUUGGUUUGGGAAACAUUUCAGUAUUUUCUAUGAUCGAACAAGGCCGAGUAACUUCCUGCCCCAAACCAUAAAAAGCAUUUUUUUGAAAUCUCUCUGGCUGUAUGCAUCGACUGCUGCUCAUGAACUGAAAAAAAAAUCAUCUUUAAAUCUACAGAUACUGUAAAUCAUACACGGUUGAUUUCUUUCUUUUUUUUUUUAUCUUAAUUUAUGUAAUGUCCCCAUCUUUAACAUAGGGUUUUGAUGUAAUUCAGCUUGCGGUCUCUGUUCUUAAUAUUUAUACGUUGUACUAACGCAACUAGUUGCAUAUUAAUAAAGAAAUGAGACCGGC